GUCACUAUCGCCGUCCUUCCCUUCCUUCCUUCCUUCCUUCAACUCAUCCCAAACAAAAAAAAGGGAUUAAUUAGUGUUAUCCGGUGGAUGGAGCAUAUAAAGGAGAUGCCUUUCCAUGAGUAACUGCACCAGGAGGCUGAGCAAAGCAAUACCCACAAAGCCAAUUUGCUAUUGGGUUCUCUCUCUCUCUCUCUCUCUCUCUCUCUCUCUCUCUCUCUCUUUCUCUUCUGUUGGGUGGGUCAGCAAUGGCGGAUUCCGAGAGGUUUCAGGGGGCACAAGGGUCGGAGGAGGAGCAGAGGCUGAUGGAGGGCAUGGCUGUUUUGGAUUUCGACAUGCUCUGCUCAACUGUAGCUCUGCAGGCGGCGCAGGGCAAGUGGAAGAGCCUCGAUGGCGGGAUUGAGGGGGAGGAAGCCGCCGUUCUCGGGGAUUUCGGGGUUGGGGUCCUCAGGAUGUGGGAGGGUGAGGUUCUUGAUUGCUUUGAGGACAGGCGCAUCGCCCUUCAGUCUGCCUGCUGCCCUUGCUACAGAUUUGGGAAAAACAUGAAAAGAGCUGGGUUUGGUUCUUGCUUCAUGCAGGGGGGAUUUCAUUUAUUUCUUCUUUUGUGUGCUUUCGUCAAUGGAGUCGCCUUUGCUGUAACCAGGCGGCACUAUUUCCUGUACUUGGCAGCUGCUUUUACAAUAUCUAUUGUGAUAUAUUUAGGUUUCUUCCGCGCACAGAUUAGAAAGAAGUUCAAUAUCAAGGGUAGUGACAAUUCUGGAGAUGAUUGCCUAUACCAUUUGCUUUGCCCAUGCUGCACGCUUUGUCAGGAAUCCCGAACACUAGAGAUGAACAACGUCCAAGAUGGGAUUUGGCACGGCCGAGGUGACACGAUAUGUAUUGGUACUUACGGUGAUGGGGACAAGGCAUUUGUCGAGGUGAACUUGCCCCCAAUCUUGCCUACCAAAUCGCCUGAUCCGUGCAGCAUGCAGAAGAUCACAGCCGAGAGCUAAUGUACGUCUGAAGAAUGAAGAGAAGAUUGGACUAACUGAGGAAUCGGUGAAGCCACUCUUGAUGUUUGGUACAAAGGGAUGGGAGCAUUACCAAGAUGGAGUCCCAGAAAUAGCACUAUCAUCCAUGGCGAUCCCGUUGCUUUCUUCUUACUAGACGUGGCAGCAAAACUGAUGUCUCAGCUUGCGGUUCGGUGACCUCCGGGGGGUUUGGCCUUAGUGGUUAAGGAGGAGCUCAAGUAUUCAUCCGAUCCUGGGUUUGCAACCCCUUGGAGCUACCGGAGCACCUUUGGAGUGAUUACCCGUUCCGUGAGUCGUAGGAGUUCAUGGAGUUCCAAGGAUUAGUUAGGGGGGGGAAGAGCUUGUGGUUCGGUGAAUUGGACGAAGAUAAUGUCUUGCGACAUAAGUGAACAGAGAAAAGGCCCAUUGGUUCAGUUCUUGUCUGACGCAGGCUGUCUUAUGAGCCGACGGUUUCGUAUUUGUUGUGUGUUACAGAGAAAUAUUUGGACGGUAGAUUCGACUAGGUCAACCAAAUGUAAGUACAUGAGCUGCUAGAAUUUUAUGUACCAAAGUCUUAGUUGUCAUCAGCUGGGCUGCUGUUUGUGUAUGUCUAAUAAAUUGAUUGAUGAAGAAUUUCAAUGUUUGUUGAAUGUGCAUGCUUAAAUUUAAAUAUUA